UAUCCUUUACUCCAACUGACCAUGCCAUUGCCAUUAUUACACCCAAUAAAAUACUACUCAAACAUCACUUCUUCGAACCUUUUUUUUCCCUUUAAUAUUACCCAAUUGGGCUCCAUCAAUAUGAUUUUCUUGAUCUAACAAUAGAAAAUUAACAUCUUUCCAAAUCAGGAAACUUUUGUGGUGGUGGCCUUCCUUCUUCCUCGCUCUCUCUCCGUAACUUUAUCCAGUUAUCCAUUUUUUCUCUAAUGGAAGCCACCACCCAAUCUUGCGGCCGUCUUGAUUUCGGCAAGAUGGGCUUUGGAUGCGAGCAUUACAGGAGAAGAUGCAAGAUUCGAGCUCCAUGUUGCAACGAGAUCUUCUGGUGCCGCCAUUGUCAUAACGAGGCAGUGAAUACGUUGAAGAACAUACAUGAUCGGCAUGAAAUCAAUCGCUGUGAUGUCAAGCAAGUGAUAUGUUCAGUUUGUGACACAGAACAGCCGGUUGCUCAAGUUUGUACCAACUGUGGUGUUAAUAUGGGCGAAUAUUUCUGCGGAAUCUGCAAAUUCUUUGAUGAUGAUACAGGUAAAGGCCAGUUUCAUUGUGAUGACUGUGGAAUCUGUAGAGUUGGUGGCAGCGAGAAUUAUUUUCACUGUACAAAGUGUGGUUCUUGCUAUGCUAUCACUCUGCGUGGUAAUCAUUCUUGCGUGGAGAACUCUAUGCGCCACCAUUGUCCUAUAUGUUAUGAGUACUUAUUUGAUUCUCUAAAAGACACUACCGUAAUGAAAUGUGGUCACACGAUGCAUCUCGAAUGUUAUCAAGAGAUGAUAAAGCGAGACAAAUAUUGCUGUCCUAUAUGCUCCAAAUCAGUGAUUGACAUGUCCAGAACUUGGAAAAGGAUAGAUGAGGAGAUAGAAGCAACAGUUAUGCCAGAGGAUUAUCGCGACAAGAAGAUAUGGAUUCUCUGUAAUGACUGCAACGAUACAACAGAAGUCUACUUCCACAUAAUUGGGCAGAAAUGUUGCCACUGCAAAUCAUACAACACCCGCGCAGUUGCGCCUCCAGUUCUUCCUCAAUAACUCGAGCUCUGUAUUUUUAUAAAAAACUGAAUCUUUUACCAAUUACAAAAUGAUUGACUUGUAGCAUUUCCAUUCAUACAUCAUCAACUUUGAUUCUCAGGUUAUUCUUACUCAAAUUUUUAGAGUAACUCAUCAAGUUGGUGUGCAACAAUGUUGGUUUCCUUAUUAUUUGAUUCUGGAAUUUGGGUUAUCACAUUAAAA